AUGGCGCCGCGACGAGCGCGCCCCGCGGCGGAGACGGACGCGCCCGCGUCCGAGGUCGACGUCCGCCUCUACACCCUCGCGGACGCGGAGGAAGGGAAAGCGAGGGACGACGACGGCGACGACGACGACGACGACGACGACGACGACGACGCAUUGACCGCCGAUCCGGUUCGACUGCCGGGCACGGGCGAGAUCGACGCGGCGGCGUCCGCGACGAUGUCGCGCAUCGCGCGCGUCGCCUCGCGCGCGCUCGAUCCUCUCGACGCGCACGAGGUCGACGACAGCGACAGCGACGGCGACUCGAGCUCCUCGGACGCGGAUCGAUCCGACGUGGACGACCCCGUCGCGGACGCGACGAUGGAGCGCAUCUUCGCGACGUCGCGCGCGACGCCGCACGACGACGCGCACGACCGCUCGUGCGACACGCGCAAGAACGAGGAGCACGUCACGCGCUCGGACCGCGCGACGCUCGAGUCCGAGAUGCGGAAGCUGCGCGACGAGCGGAUCGCGGAGCGCGCGGUAUCGAACGGAGGUGGAGGAGGAGGAGGAGGAAACGGCGGCGGCAGCGGCGCGAGCUCCUCCGACGGUUCGUUUCGCGAUCUCGGGCCGCUCGCGACGGUCGCGGAGGACGGGGACGAUCACCGCCGCGAGGAGCGCGCGGACGUCGCGGAGGAGACGCGGAGGCGCACCGCACGCGCGCGCGAGGACGGCGGCGGCGGCGCGCGAGGCGGCGGCGGCGGCGACGUCGUCGCGCGAAAGCGGCUCGCGUCGCGAUCGCCCGCGUCGUUCGUCGGCCUCGCGAAUUUUUUCAACGCGGGGGGCGGCGGGUCUUCGAAUAACGCCUCGUAUUCGAGCGUUACCAGUAUCGGCGGCGGCGACGGCCACUCCAAGCACUCCCCGACGCAAAACCUCCUCCCCGCGGACGUCCCGGUGAUACGCUUACGCCGCACGUCGUCGUACUUCGUCGCGGACGGCUCGACCGGAGCGUCGUCCAAGCUGUCGUCCUCCAUCUGCGGCUGCGACGGCCUCGACGGCGGCGGCGGCGUCUCCACAGAGGACAUCAUGCGCAAGCGCCGCAACGAGCUCAUCACGUACCGACUCCGCGUCGCCGGGUUCGGCAAGCUGUGCGUCACGCUCCUCGCGGGCGUCCUCGCCGGCGUCGUGAUGUGGGCGAUGACCACGGUCACCGCGAAGCUGACGCAACUCAAGUUCGACAAGACGCGAGCGCUGCUGUCCUCCGAAGACGUCGCGACCGCGUGGGCGUACUACGCCGGCGUCGCGAUGGCGUCCGUGGGCGCGACCGCGUUCACGGUGCUGCACCCGCGAGGGUGCCCGAUGGCGCGCGGCAGCGGCAUCCCCGAGCUGAAGGGCUACCUCAACGGCAACCGACAGCGAGGGCUGUUUCACUGGCGAACGUUCCUCGGUCGCAGCGUCGGCGUCUGCCUCGUCAUCGUCGCGACGAUGCCGUUCGGUCGCGAGGGCCCGUCCGUGCACAUCGGCGCGUGCGUCGCGAGCAUGAGCCUGAACCUCCCGUGGCGGAAGUACCUGGGGUGGCAGCCUUCGCCGGAGGAACGGCGUCAGAUUUUACAGCUCGGCUCCGCGGCGGGCGUCGCCGGCGCGUUCAACGCGCCCAUCGGCGGCUUACUGUACGUCAUGGAAGAGAUCGCGUCGACGCUGCCGCCGGACUACGUCUGGAGGGCGAUGAUCACCGCGGGGAUGGCCGUCGGCGUCGCGCAGGUGUUAUACAGCGCGAACGAGGGCAGGGUCGAUUACACGAGCCUCGUCAUCUCGGACCCGAACUCGUCCACCGGGUGGGACAUGUCCGAGAUUCCGCUGAUCGUCGUCCUCGCCGUGCUCGCCGGCGCGCUGUCCGCGCUCUUCACCGUCGCCGCGGACUUUUUUGGGAGCGUUCGCCGCGGGAAAGUGCGGUGGGUGCCGACCAAGAUGAGGGCGUUCCUCGCGUCGAAGCACGGGCAGUUGAUCGACGCGGUGCUCUCCGCCGCGCUCGUCGCGAGUUGCCAAAUUUUGAUUCCGCUGGCGUACAGCUGUCGCGCCGCGCCGGGGGAGUACGACCCGUACGACCCCUCCACCGAGGCCGCGUCGGGCGCCGCCGCGCGAUCUCUUCAGACGGUGAUCCAAAUCCCGCGGACGUUCGUGCCGUACACGUGCGCGGACGGCGAAUUCUCCGAGAUGGCGACGUUGAUGCUUCAAAACGAAGAGGGCGUCGUGAAGCACCUCUUCGCUAGGGACGAGCUGUACAGCGAGAAGCUCUUCACCGCGCCCGUGGUGGCCGCGUUUCUGGCGUACUUCUUCGUCAUCGCGAGCGUCACCACCGGCGGCGCGUUCCCCGCCGGGGUAUUCAUCCCGAACAUGCUCAUGGGCGCCGCGCUCGGCCGCCUGUUCGGGUUCCUCGCCGAGUGGGUCACCCCCGCGGCGAACAAGGGCACGUACGCGCUCAUCGGCUCCGCGGCGAUGCUGUCCGGGUUCUCGAGGAUGACCGCCGCGGUGACGGUGAUCAUGAUCGAGGUGACGUCGUCGUUGGACGUCCUCGCGCCGAUCAUUCUGUCGUGCAUCGUCGCGCGGUUCGUCGCGCAGUACCUCGUCGGGCACAACCUCGACGAGAGGCUCAUCCUCGCGAAGGGGGUGCCGUUCUUAGAGCACGACGCGCACCCGUCCACGGCGUCGACGCGCAUCGGCGACGCGCUCGCGGAGGCGGACAAACGCCGCGGGCCGGUGAUCGCGUUUCGACCGCAGGAGAGGCUCCAAGUGCUGUUGAACGCGCUGCUGUUGACGGACCACAACGCGUUUCCCGUUUUGGACGACGUCGAGAGAAACACCGGCAUCGGCGGCUUGGUCACGCGCGCGAUGUUACAACGCGUCUUGCGGAUCGUCCUCGAGAACAGCACGAGCGAGGAGGGCGUCGCGAAAGCGCACGACGACGACGCGGAGGAAGGGAAGGACGGGUUGGGUCCGCUCCCGCCGCCCGCGGCGGAGAGAGCGGCGGUGCCGAUGCCGAAACCUCGCGGCCGGUCGUGGUUCGCGCGCGACGGCGGCGACGACGGCGGCGGCGGCGGCGACGCGACGCGCGGCCGACGACGAACCCGCCGCUCGUUCGAGGACUGGUCCGUGGAGGGGUUCGAGGACCGGACCUCCGCGCAGUCGCCGCCGCCGGCGCGAAGGGACCGACGCGCGAUCGAGACCGUGGACGCGGACGCCCCGUCGCCGCGCGCGUCCGCCGGCGCCGCCGGCGGUUCUUCCAACGCCAACGGCGGUUCUUCCAACCCCAACGGCGGGUCCGGGUCCGCCGCGAAGAAGAAAGACGCCGACGGCGACUUCAUGCGCACGGUCGCGCGAUGGACGCGCGCGCACUCCACCGCGGUCCCGCGCUCGUGCCACCCAACCCGGAGCUCGUCGAAGUGCGGCGGGUCGAGCGAGCCGGGGGUGGCGACGCGCGUCGGCGCCGCCGCGGCGGCGAGCGGCGGCAAACCCACCGUAGCGCGCGCCGACGACAGCAACCACUUCGACGAGCUCAAGGAGGGCCUCGUUGCGCAGAUACGCGAGGGCGUGAAGCACGUCCCGAACGAGCAGCUGUCGCGGAUGGUGGACCUGACGCACGCGGUGGAUAAGGCGCCGUGGACCGUGGACGCCGCGAUGAAGUUGGCGCGCGUUCAUGCGUUGUUCUCGCGGCUCGGCGUCCGACAUUUGUGCGUGACGUCGCGCGGCGGGAACAAGCUCGAGGGGAUCAUCACGCGGCACGACUUGAUUCACGUCCAUAGGAGGGCGCAGGAGCACUGAGACUGCAGUGCUGUGUGUGUGUGUGUGCGGCGCUGGGGGGAUGGCGAGGAAGCGCCGCGAGGACGCGGCGUUCUCGUCGCGUCUAAAAUCUAUCUAUGUUUUGAUUUUUAAUGUAUGAACGCAUCACGUCUU